GAUGUGACCUUGGUUAUGUUCAUCAUGGCGUCCCUCGUCAGGAUAAGUUCUGUCUGUCACAGAGGUGUUAAACCUCUGUUUCUAAGAAGUAGUCUCCUUGUCCGACCUCUGGUGGCCCAGAAGGAGAGCAGCGAUCGUCCGUCCCUGUUGGCAGCCCAGAUACACGUGUCUCCGUCUCAAUACGCGGCAGGCGGCUCCAAGGCCGCGUCCUUGCACUGGACGUCUGAGAGGGUGCUGAGCAUCGUGCUGUUGGGCAUGGUUCCGGCUGCUUACCUGUACCCCGGGCCAGUCAUGGACUACUCCCUGGCAGCUGCACUCACCCUACAUGGCCACUGGGGCCUGGGCCAGGUGCUGACGGACUACGUUCACGGAGACCUGAAGAUCAAAGCGGCCAACGCCAGCCUGUUGGCACUGUCGGCUGUCACCUUCGCCGGGCUCUGCUACUUCAACUACAGCGACGUGGGCAUCUGCAAGGCGGUGGCCAUGCUGUGGAGCCUCUAGAUGACGGACUGCUGGGGGGGGUUGGGGAGCUGGCCGCCCUGCUCCAGCUGAUUGUAAACAUUCAAGGGAUUAUGUGUAAAUUCUAUAAAUAUAAAUGCGUUUUGUCCAGAAACAACAUACAACAGUGAUUCACAGUUAUUUUUAAUUGUAAUUCAUGUUGAUUCAGCUUUUUGUUUCUUUAAACAAUUUUUGUUUUUAAGUUAUGGAGGUUUACAUCGGGAGUUCUGGGUCCGUCUGUGUCCCUUCACUGGUGUCUCCAGCAGAUCUGUGUUGGUCAUUAGGGGGAGACAGAGAGGCUUCACCCCUUUUCACUGGCCCAUCACCCACCCACCUAAACUUUUACAUAAUGAAGAAGUAACAAUUUUCAUGUUCCAUCAGAGAAGAAUUUGUCAUAUUUAUCGUAGCUGAAAUGACCUCUUAAUGCAAGCUCCACCCCUAACAGCAGAAACCUUCACAAAGCAGCUCAGAUUUGCAUUUUAGCAUAUAGCUUACUGUUGAAUGCUUGCAAUUAAAAAAAGGUUGGACAGUAUGUUCAACCUUUUUCCCUGAGCUGAUAUUCAUUGUGUUAAUCAAUAUGCCUCUUACAUGUUCUGGAAGUUUUGUUUUCCCCUUAAUUUAUUAUGAAGAGGCUUGCUGCAUAUGUAGUCCUCUAUUGCAAGCUGUUUGUAGUAGUUUGUAUAUAAUCAAUCAAAGCCACUGGUGUAAAUGUCAGUUAAUGCCUGAGGUCAGUAGAUGGCGCCACAGAGACAGUGCCAGAAACGCUUUCUUAUUUGCGUGGAUCAGUUGGAGAAUGACUACUGGCAAUAUUUGACUUUUGCACUGUUCCCUUGUUCUGCUCAUGCUCUUACUGCUAAAUAAAUCUACAAUGUAUUUUGCAUAAGAAUGAGCUAUGUUUUAUCAGUGACCAAUGGCAGUACGUGCAUAGAAGCUGCUUUUCGCAGACGAUUAUGACAGGCAGGGUCUUUGUUCCGAAUAUUAGUGGCAGUUUUAUUUAACCGUCUUAAGUUUAGCAUAACUCCGGUGACGCCACCGUCUCCUUGGUCAAUGCGGUGAAUAAAGAGUGGCAAUCAGUAUUAUGAGCUAAUAUAGCUGCGUGUUGUAUGACGCUCGGGCGCCUGGCUGAUGUCAAAUCCGCACCGCUCGCGCACGGUUUUGUCACGGGUUUGUGCAUGAAGCUCUGAGAGGGUUGAUUACGCGUGUGAGAGAGGCGUGACUACUCCCCUUUUCUUCACUGUGAACGCUCUUGCUGGGAUAAAAAUGUCAAUGCAAAGUCACCAAAUGCUCACGUACUGACCUUAUCUACUGUGUCUGGUUUCCCCAAAGUGUUGUGCCAGAGGCCCUUGUGGGUCAUUAUGCCUGUCAGUGUGAUAAAUCUUUUUUUAUCAGAUUUGUACGCACAAUUUGACAUUCGAAAAAAUAGCAUACCUUAAGUGUAGUGGAACACUCUUCAAAAUAAAGUUGGUCUUACUGGC